GUUAAGUUGCGCUAUGAAUAGAAUUCAAUUUACUUUGUAUUUUAGAAAGUAAACAGUGGCUUCUCUGUUUAGAUUUAAAUAUGUCACAAAAAGCUUAUGAAGACGCUUGUAUGCGUGCGGAAUUAUUUGGUCAGCCUAAGCCUGAUAAGGAAGACUUUAUAGAAAAACAUAAAUAUUUAGAUAUAAAUGAAUUUGAAGAUGUCGAUAUUAAAACUUUUGAAGAUACAGCUAUGCUAAAUGAUGAAAACAGGGAUACAACCAGUGGCCUAGGAGAAUUAAAUAACAUCCUUACGUCCACACAUACCAAGAUAAAUCGUCUUAAGGGGGUGUGUGGAACUGUAACCAAUUUCUUUCGUGUUAAAUUAGCGUCUAAAGAUUUAUCAUAUUCAAGUGAACCGAGCUACAUUGGACAAACUAAUUACGAUAAAGAUUAUGUACCACCAGGUAAUUCCGAAUUUUCUUCUGUAAACACUGGCCUUGGGCCCAGAGACAAUGAAAUGACACCGAGCGCGGGAAAGAGGCAACAUGGCGGUGACAUAAAUACCGCAAUUGAAGAUUUAAAAACAAUGCAAAAAGCUGAAAAUAGCUUUUCUUUUGGAGGAUUGCUGCAAUAGCAUACUUUGUUGUUUGAAUAAAUUACUAAUCGUUCAAAGCUUCGCGAGCUUUUGGGAUUUUGAAGAUUGGUAGAUGUUUGAAAUUGUAUAGUAAAUUGAAUAAUGAUUUAAUAAUUAUAUUUUGUGUAUACCCGAGCUUCGUAAAAUUUCAUUGUAAUUAUUUUUAAUUCGAAUUGUAAUAUAAGUAGGUAUUAUCACUCAUAAAC